CCCAACACCUGCAGCAUGGCUACCCCAGCCCUUCCCACUCAUCCGGGCCCAGAGCAACUGGUGACGGUGAAGGUCCUUUACAAUGACAGUAAUCGGCGGUUCAAGUUGCCGCUGAAAGACCUCAAGGCGCAGGUCUUCCCCCAGAAGCUCCGCGUCCUCCUCGGCGUGCCGUCGGAUGUUAACGUCAUCCUCGAACGCUAUUCCGACAGCGCCGGCUCCUACAUCCACCUUGACUGCGACAACGCCGUUGUCUACAAGCAACUCUUCCGAGCUGCUAAGGCCAAAUCCAAGCUUCGUAUCAAGGCCAGCACGGUCGAUCCCUCGGCGCCGGCCACCGACACCGCCAUUCGGCCUCAACCGACCAACCACAUGCUCCCUUCGAGACACAACUAUCUCGAAACCGUUCUCAGCUCCCCCAUCACCGUUGCACUCCCUGAAACUCUCCCUACCACUUCUGAAGCUGAUUCCGUCCCCGCUGGUGCCGGCACUGCCUCCCAACUGACGCUGCCGAUCGGCCAGCCUCGCUACCGAGAGUUCGAGAUGGAACAGGACAAGCUCCGCUUCCCGGUCAUCUCCCACAACUCCCCUGGUGGGAUGUUCUGCAUUGAUUGCAACAACUGUGGCCGCUCUAUUGCAAAUGAACACUAUCACUGCAGUGUUUGUGAGCACGGAGACUAUGACCUGUGCCCGCGUUGUGUUGACAAUGGUGCAUCGUGCCUGGGUGAAGGUCACUGGUUGAUCAAGCGUGUGGUGGCCAACGGCGUUGUUACCAAUAGCACAACCGAGACUAUCCCCCCUCGUCGUGUGCAGGAGCGGGUGAUCAAGCCUGCCCCGGUUCAUGUGCAGCCCAUGCCUGAGUCUAUUCCUGAGACAGUUCCCGAAAUGGCGGACACUGUCCCUCCCACCGAAGUGAAUCACUCAGACAUGGCUACUCAGGAAGAGGACAAGCCCAUUUGCAAUGGAUGUUGCCGUGAAGCCGAUGAAACCAACCUCGUUCGUUGCAACGACUGCGAGGACUAUGACCUGUGCCUCCGCUGCCUUUUGAGGAACAAGCAUGGUCACCACCCUGCUCACACCUUCUCCCUCGGCUCAGACCGCAACUUCUGCUUGAAGAAUUUGAUCAUGUCUCGCUGUCUCCCUGGCCGCCAGUUCAAACACGCUGCUAUUUGCGAUGGCUGUGAAAUGCGUAUCGUUGGCACCCGCCACAAGUGUCUGUCCUGCCCUGAUUGGGAUUAUUGCCCUGACUGCAUCCUGAAUGCCGCCCAGAACCACCCUGGUCACCGAUUUGCUCCUAUCUAUGAGGCCAUCGGUGAGCAGCCUCACGAGCACAACAUCCACUAUGGCAUCUUCUGCGACGGACCUCUUUGUAAGGACAAGCCCGCCCAGAGCUACAUCAGCGGCGUUCGCUACAAGUGUGCCGUCUGUGACGACCUCGAUUUCUGUGCCAACUGCGAGGCCCUGCCGACUCACAACCACAACCACACUCACCCCCUGGUCAAGUUCAAGACCCCUGUUCGGACCGUGACUGUGAGCACUGUGAACGACGAUGGCUUCAACGGCGCUGUCGCCCUGGGCGAUGAUGCCUGCGCUCGCUCUCGCUCUGAAGCCAUUAUGACUGCCGAUGAGCUCACCGGGGAGAAGCCCGUGGUCGCCCAAGCACCCGUUGAGGUGGACGCCAGCAAGCCAGAGAAGGCGGAUGCUGAAGUGGUGCCAGAGCCCCCCACCUAUGAGCCAGUCUCUGCCAAGAAAAGUGUAUAUGACAACUUCCAGGCCUACUUUGUCCGCGAUGCCAUCCCUGAUGGUACCCGACUGCCUCCGAACACAAUGUUCCGGCAGACAUGGACCCUGUACAACCCCGGCCCGAGCGCCUGGCCCCUUGGCAGUGAUGUCCGCUUUGUUGGUGGAGAUACCAUGUUCAACGUUGACGCCAGUCACCCAUCGAGUGUGGAGUCAAUCCGCGCAGCUAUGGAGAGCAACAAGCUGAAUGCUCCCGUGGAGGUCGGCCAGAGUGCUGACUUCACUGUGACUCUCCGAACCCCCAGUCGUGAGGGCACUGCCAUCUCUUACUGGCGCCUGAAGCUUCCCAACGGCGAGGCGAUUGGUCACCGAUUGUGGUGCGACAUUCAGGUGCAAGCCGCCAUCUCUAGUGCCAGUUCGGAUGCCGAGACUGAGCCCACUCCCGAGGCUGGAGAUUCCGAGAAAUCCGAGUCCACCAUCCCCGACCACGCGAAGCUUACUGGCAGUGGCAUGAUCUUCCCCAAGCUGGAGAAGGAGUCUCCCGAAUCCAGCACCUACGAAUCCGCUGCACCGGCUCACCAUGCCCCCACCGUGUCGACGGCUUCCGAGGCAGACGUGAUCGAGGACGUGGAGAGUCUUACCUUGGACGAGGCGAGCACCGAUGCCGGAUACCUCACCGACGAGGAGUUUGAGAUCCUCGAUGCCAGCGACCAGGAAUUCUUGGACGCCAAGCAGUCCACGCACUAA